AUGUCGAGAUUUUCGUUGCCUCAAGCUUGUCAAAUGGUGGAGGAUGAUAGUGAUGAAGAGCAGCACGGGGAUGGUUAUGUUUCAUCUUCUGAUGACAAUGAAGUAGAGGAAGUAGUUGAGUGGGAAAGUAAAGAUGAAGAAAAUGAUGAAGAUGACAAUGAAGAUACAAUUGUUGACGAAAAUAUAAUCAUGCAACAAAUGCAGAUUUACAAUUCUAAGAAUAAACAAGUGCAGUGGCAUGCUUCACCAAAUAAAAAUGUUCAAAGCUGCGUAAAAAGUUGUAAUAUAAUAAAGGAAGCACUUGGUCUAACCUCCUACGCUAGAAAUAAUAUUGACACCUUAUCAAGCUGUUUUUGA